GGCGGGCGCAGGCAGCCAGACUGUGGGAGUACCCGGCUGCGGCCGGCCGCUGCGCUUGGGCAGCUCCCGGGGAACUGCAAACUUGUCUGCAGCCGCUGGCAGCAGGCGCCUGCCGAGAAUGGGGAGGCGCGGCCGCUGCUCCGCCGCCACCAUGGGCCCGGGCUCCGGCUCUGGAGCGCUGAGGCGGCCGCUUGGGCUGCUGCUGCUAGCCGCGCUCCUGGUACCCGCGGCGGGCGCGGCGCGACUACGCGCCAUGCUCUACUCGGCCCAAGACCCCCUGGUGCUGCUAACGGAUAGCUCCUUGAAGUCAACUGUCCUGGGCUCCCCCAGCUCCUGGGUGGUGGAGUUCUUCGCCUCCUGGUGCGGACACUGCAUCGCCUUCGCCCCCAAAUGGAAAGCCCUGGCCAACGAAGUCAAAGACUGGAGGCCUGUGAUCAGCGUAGCAGCCUUGGACUGUGCAGAAGAAGCCAAUUCAGAAAUCUGCCGGGACUUUGGGAUCAUGGCUUACCCUACUGUAAAGUAUUUUAAAGCCUUCUCAGACAGCUCUUCUCUUGGAACAGAGUUUUCAGUAUCUGGGAAAAGUGUUGAAGAGCUUCAAGCAUCCCUCAUCGAUGCCCUGGAGACACAUCGUGGUGGACGAUGGCCCCCAUCUUGUCCCCCAUUGUCACCAAUCAGGCUGGACGAGAUUAAUAGUUUCUUCUUGAGAAACAGUGAUGAUUACCUGGCCGUGAUCUUUGAGAAGAAGGACUCCUACUUGGGUAGAGAGGUGGAGCUGGACCUGUCUCAGUAUCAUGGCAUCAAAGUGCGCAGGGCCUUGGAUGUGCAGGAGGAUCUAGUGAAGAAAUUUGCAGUUACCAACUUCCCUUCAUGCUACCUACUGAGCGGAAAUGGUUCUAGUUUCAAGGUUCCUGUGCUUAUGGAAUCCAGAUCUCUUUAUAGCACUUACCUCCAGAAGUUACCUGGAGUGGGCAAAAAGAGUUUAACCCCAACAGUGCAUCCAAACACAUCAGAACGGAUAGCACCUCCUGUUAUUAAACCCAUAGAUCGAUCCAAGAUAUAUAUGCUCGAUUUGGAAUCUACUCUCCAUUACAUCCUUCGGAUAGAGGUGGGCAAGUUCAAAGUCCUAGAGGGAGAGCGUCUGACAGCUCUGAAAAACUUUGUGUCUGUCCUGGCCAAGUACUACCCUGGUCAGCCUGUGGUCCGGAAUUUCCUUCAUACCAUAGACGUGUGGUUACACUGGCAGCAGCGGAAGAGUGUGCCCUACAGCUCCUUGGAAGUGGCCUUGAAUAGCUGGAAAGAGGGUGUUCUUUUGCCCAAGAAAUCAGUCUGGGUGGGCUGCCAGGGAAGCGAGGCUCACUUUCGUGGAUUUCCUUGUGGUCUCUGGAUCCUUUUCCACUCACUGACCGUACAGGCAGCUCAGCACAACGAAUACCUUCAGCAGAAAGCAGAUCCCCAGGAAGUCCUUCAAGCCAUCCGAGGUUAUGUGAAAUUCUUCUUCGGCUGUCGUGAGUGUGCUACACACUUUGAGCAAAUGGCAGCUGCCUCCAUGUACCGCGUCAAGAGUAUGGAUGAUGCCGUCCUCUGGUUCUGGAACCGUCACAACCGAGUCAAUGCUCGCCUGGCAGGUACAGCCAGUGAGGACCCUCAGUUCCCCAAGAUCCAGUGGCCCCCAAGGGACCUAUGUAAUCCAUGUCACAAUGAAGUCCAGGGGGACCCUGUGUGGAACCUAGGUGCCAUCCUUAAGUUUUUCAAGAACCACUUUGCUCUCCGAAACAUCGUCAUCACCAGCCGGAACCCGUCCAUGGAAGCCUUGCCGGGCCCUGGGAGGCUGCCUGAGGAGCUGGAGAAUUUUACUGCCCCGCCUCCCGUGGAGCAGCCCCACCCCACAGAGUCACCUGGAGAACAACCUGUGCACGAAUGGGGAGGAGACUUGAGAGCAGGGGAGGAAAAUGAGGUGUCUGAGGAUUUGUUGACUUGGCUUAUGGAGGAUGACGUUCCAAACAUGGGGAAAGUGGUCAUCUCCACAGAGCGGCCAAAGUACUACGGUAUCCAGAAGCCAAAUGUGGAGGAGAUGAUGGUCAAAGAACUCCUGAAGAAGCGAUUGGUAAAAAAUCCAGAUGCCCCUAAUGGAGAAGCCCUAGAUGGUAAAGCUAAGUCCCUGAUCUCAGAUGACGGAGACCAGCCCCUAAUUGUGGAGGAUGGAGAUAGAGCUCUGCUCCUGGGCGUUGAAGUCCAGCCCCCGAUCCAGUAUAGUAGAGCUGAGUCCUUGGAUGAGGAAGUCCAGCCCCUGAUCCAGUAUAGUAGACCUGAGUCCUUGGAUGAGGAAGUCCAGCCCCCGAUCCAGUAUGGAGGAGCCGAGUCCCCGAUGCUGGGCCAUGGAUUCGCUGAGCUCUUUCCCAAGCCACAGAUUGCACAGAAGUUGACCAAGAGAGACACGUUGGCUCAGCAGGUGGAGGAAGGCGCAGGCAAAGUCAAGCAGCUGGCCAGCUUCCAUGAGAGAAAGGAGAGUGCUAGAAGAUGAAGAGUUUCUCCGCAGUGUUGCUACAAGCCUUUGUCCCUCCUCUUCAGCCCCAAGGACCCUAUCAAAAACUUGGAAUCCCGGUCACUUUUGGAUUAAUAAAAGAAUGAAGAAGAAAAUAACCAUAAUUCAGAAGUUCUGGCCCAAUUGAGAGGUCUUGUGCCUUGCUUAGCUACUGCGUGGUCUGGUUGGAGAUUGGAACUGGGAGUUUCUAGGAGAUGAAGCUUUCUUAGGGGUGUGUGUGUGUGUGUGUGUGUGUUGUUGGGGAGGGUGGGGGAGGUUAGAAUGGAGGAGAAUCUUUGCCCAGGUGGCUGGAAUUUCCUGUGAAAACCUGCAGCUUGCACUUGCUGCUCGCUUAUCCUCCCCAAGUCAUCAUCCACCCCAAGACAGCGCCAUCAACUUGAGUGCUGCUGGGGAUUCACUAGUGUUCACUUCUCUGGGCAUGGGGUUGGGGUGGGGGGCAAAGUUGCUCAAGGGUUGUGGGUGGAAUUAUUCACUCAAGGGGGCACGGUAGGGACUUCAGGGUGCUGGAGGGUGCACUAGAAUUCAUUUGUGGCUGGUAUAGGGUGGCUGGAUAUAUAGCUGUGAUCACAGGAGAGGGAAGCUUUAUACAAAAGGCAAGAAUUCUUAGCAGGAAGGGAAAAAAAGCUUGGGAAAGGGUCAGUUGGCCAUUUCUUCCUCCUCCUAAGCUAGAACCUCAUAUUUUGAGCUAUGUCCUCCUAUAUUCAUCUUCCUGUCUUUCCUCUGAGAGUGACUCAGGGCAUUGGUUGGCUGGAAGGUAUUGGGAUUGGCCAGCAAAGUUUCCUCUCCCUGCAGACACCAUCUCUAUUGGUCAAAGAAGGUUGAGGGCAAGAAUCAGCCUGAGUCUAUGAAAUGCCUAUCUCAGCUGGGGAUUUGCAGAAUAAAUUAUUUUUUGCUAAG